CUCCACCUCACGCACGUCACCGGUUCAAUUCCCUUCCUGAACCCAACGCACGCCGCUUAUCGAGCCACCACCAGCACCACCUCCCACCAAUCCCCCAAGACAAGCAACCCGAGGCAAUCCCCGGGAAUCUACCGCCUCUGGCGCGCCCGCGACACGCGCAAAGGCCGGCACGCCCUCCGCAUCGUCACCGCAGCCAACCACAGCGAUGUUGAUACCACCAAGACCCAGAGAACGGACCCCCAACUCCAACCACCCCCAAGUACAAAAACAACCCCCCAAAUCCAGAUCCAGAUCCAGAAACCCCGAAGAAGAAUAACCCCCAGCACCCUCACAAAACCCCUCACAGACCUACCCACCCUAACCGCCCUCCUCUUCCUCGUCGGCUCGGUUAUCUGGAUCCUCAACGCCUUCUUCGUCUGGUUACCUCUGCAGGAUCCUGCCUCUGAGUUUGCAGGGGAAGAGAUUGGAGGCGGGGGGUGGACGGCGUUUAUUGGGGCUGCGGUUUUUGAGGUGGGGAGUUGGGGGUUGGUUUUGGAGGCGGUGUCGGUUUUGCCUUCUGGAGAUGAUCGGUGUUGGGGGUGGGGGGUGGAGACUGCGAUUCGGGAGAACAGUGGUGAAGCGACGACCCUCGUGCUCCAACCCACUACAAGCCCCUGUAUAUGUCGGAGGGCAGGACGACGAGGAUUCUUGGGAAUGCGGUUACUACGCCAGAGCGGGAAGAAGGACAACCUCCACGAACUAGGGUUCCUGGCCUCCCUCACGCAGCUGGUCGGCGCGUCGAUCUUCUGGAUCGCGGGGUUCACGGGCCUGCCGGGCAUUAUCAACCAUAUGGGACCCGCGCUGACGGACGGCGUCUACUGGGUGCCGCAGGUGGUCGGCGGGGUGUGCUUCGUCGUCAGCGGCGGGCUGUUCACGCUCGAGACGCAGGAGCGCUGGGAUCGGCCUGCGUGGACCGUGCUGGGUUGGCAUAUCGGGGUGUGGAAUGUGGUCGGUGGGGUCGGCUUCACGCUGUGCGGCGUGUUCGGGCUGGCGGGCCUGCAGUAUCAGGCGUGUCUGGCGACGUUCUGGGGGUCGUGGGCUUUCCUUUGGGCGUCCGCGUUGCAGUGCUAUGAGAGUUUGGAGAAGUGGCCCGUGGAG